CCGAGUUCCAACAUAGCCUUCCUUAAUCACGAGGGGGAAAAAAUUAAAACACAGAGUCCGUACAUUUGCCAUUUGUUUUUGCUCAUCAUUAAAAGCCGUACCAGUCGACAACCAAUAAGAGUUGAGACACUGGGAGGCUGAGUGGUGGAAGAGCGGAGGAGCUGAUAAAACGGAAGGCGGAGAACUGGAGUUGGUUUACAGCAGCUGAAGAAUGAGACCAAACCCUAGAAGAGAAGCAGUUGAAGAAGAAGACACAACCCAUGGGAAAUUGUGGCACUAGAGAGGAAUCCGCUGUCGUCUCCACUGCUCACCGUCAAGUAGAGCAGCAGUUUCAGGGUUUAUCAGCUGGGAGCAGGAAUGGUGGUGCUGAGAAGAAGCACAUGAGUGGCCGUUCUACAUCAGAUCUGAGUGACCCUUCAACUCCACGCAACUUGGAUGAUUUUAGAAAGAAUGUCGUGCUGUAUACUCAUGUCAUUGCCUUCACUCUAUUUGAGUUGGAGACCAUUACCAAAAGUUUCCGGUCUGAUUACAUUCUUGGUGAGGGUGGGUUUGGAACAGUGUAUAAGGGAUACAUUGAUGAGAAUGUCAGGGUGGGCCUCAAAUCCCUCCCUGUAGCGGUCAAAGUUCUCAACAAGGAGGGCCUUCAAGGUCACCGUGAAUGGCUCACUGAGGUGAACUUUCUAGGCCAACUUAGACAUCCUAAUCUCGUCAAGCUGAUAGGAUAUUGCUGUGAGGAUGAUCACCGGCUACUUGUAUAUGAGUUCAUGUUCAGAGGAAGCCUUGAGAAUCAUCUGUUCCGAAAGGUAAAUGUUCCGUUAUCUUGGUCAAAGAGGAUGAUGAUUGCUCUUGGAGCAGCAAAGGGGCUAGCUUUUCUUCAUAACGCAGAAAGGCCUGUUAUAUAUCGUGAUUUCAAGACAUCAAAUAUUUUAUUGGAUUCUGACUACACUGCCAAACUUUCUGAUUUUGGUCUUGCAAAAGCCGGGCCACAAGGGGAUGAAACUCACGUAUCAACUCGAAUAAUGGGUACAUAUGGAUAUGCAGCCCCUGAAUAUGUGAUGACGGGACACCUUACUGCAAGGAGUGAUGUGUACAGUUUUGGGGUGGUUCUGCUAGAGUUGCUGACAGGGAGAAAGUCGGUGGACAAGUCAAGACCAAGCAAGGAGCAAAACCUUGUAGAUUGGGCUCGACCAAAGCUCAACGACAAGAGAAGAAUGCUACAAAUAAUAGACCCUGGGUUAGAGAACCAGUACUCUGUUAGGGCGGCACAGAAAGCCUGUAGCUUGGCUUACUACUGCUUGAACCAAAAUCCGAAGGCCAGGCCUCUAAUGAGUGAUGUGGUCGAAAGUCUGGAGCCCCUACAGUGCAGCGGAAGUGGGAGUGAAACUUCAUCAUCGGCAUUCUCCUCUUCUGUUGGCGUUGCAUUUUCUGUGGGAAGGGUGCCUGAGUUUCAAUUGCAUCACAGGUUUGCUCGCACUCCUGUUGCAUGUCGGUCUCCUAACCCGAAUUGUUCCCCAGGUGGACUUGCACCGCCACCAUGUCGGGUAAGAUAAUAAUGAUAACGAUUAUGUCUCGUUUUUGUUCCUGUGUGCCGUUUCAUUGCGCUGCACUCAUCCUUGUAACAUAACGCUACUUGGGUGCAUUUGUUUCUUCAACGCUAGGUGUAAAUUGUGCUUCGUAAUGCAAGUCUUUUUGGUUGUGUUUGUUUAAUAGAUUAGUGUUGCACUUCGUGAAAAUAAGGAACAACAAUGCCAGGUGUGCACCUUUACACCAUUUGUACAACUUCCCUGCAAAUAAUUCAUGUUUGUCAAAUUCGGUCGGAAAAACGUGUUUGUGUGAAGAAAAUCUAACACAUAAGGAGAGUCUCCCAUGAUUUUUAAAUUUAAAAACGCG